ACAAGUUCUCUCCUUUUUCACUCAUGAGCGCAAGCAAGCAAGCCUGGCGCCUAGACGGCGUAUCAGCACAUCAUGAUACGUGUUCCCCAUGCAGCUCACGCCUACGUCAGGGCAGCGCUGCGUAGACGCUGGGAGACCAUUGCUGUCUGGGCCUCCUGCGUGCACGGCUCUCCUCCCAGAUUCGAGGCCGAGUCGAACUGGCUUUGCAACGUGAGCCUGCGCAGCCGCUGGUCUUGGCGGCACGCGCCCGUGGUGCUCGCUGUGGCCUCGGCCUCCUCCGGCAGCGCCCGAGGGCGCGCCCCCCCCCCCCCUCCGCGGCGCAGCCCGACGGGUGCGGCCGCUGCCGCGAGGAGGGCGGCGCGCGGCCCAAGCACGCGCACGAGAAGCAAACUGUUCAAGGGAUACGGAGCGGAGGGAGCUGGAGGAUGAGGAGCGCCCCAGGCCUGUUGAGCGGCAGCGGCCGCGCGCGCGCGCCCUCCGCGGCGCCCGGGGGGCCGCUGGCUGCACAAGAGGGUGCCGCGGCCUCAGGCACGAGGGGCGCGACCAGCGCGCGGUCGACACCUCCCGGCCUCGCGCGCCGCCCCGCGCUCGCGCCUCAGCGGGGCCCGGCGCAGCCCGCGGGCAACCGCUGCGCGAGCGGCGGCGGCCUAUUAUCGGCGCUGUAGGCGGCAGCAGCCCGCAGGUGUGCAUGCCGGCGCCCACCGCGACGAGCGGCGCACCUCCCCAAACGUUGCAGGCUGGACAGGCCUUUGAAAUGGGGCUGGACAAUCACAGCAUACAAUGAGUUACGCGUCCGAGCUCAUGCCCAGGUGCGCCAACUGCUUCAGCAGGACGAGAAUAGUGUCAUGAUGCGACUGGCUCAUGACGAGUUCUGGGAACUCUGACGGCCCUCGGCCAUUCGUGAUCGGCCAUUCGUCUCUGUCCGCGCUGGACGACAAGAAGACCUGGACAUCCUGAAACGCAACACUAUCGUGGAUAGCGUGUCGCUUCUCUGAUGCAAGUCUCCGCUGUGCGAAGGAGGCGGAGGCAACAGCGCGUAAAGAAGAAAGAGCGAGCCGCCGCGAGCCGCACUCCCGCGCCGUGUGGGAGCUGGCGGCCGAGAAGCAAUCAACAGUAGGCAUGGUUAGCUCUAGUUGAGCCGACCGUCCUACCACGACAAAGGACCGACCGUCCCGACAUUCCUAUAGUCCUAC